AGUUGUAUAAAGAGUUUAACUUGAUGAUUUGAUUUAGAAGUUAACUUAGUUUUGUGAUAGUUUGAUGAAACCAUUUACUCAGUUUUAUAAUUGUUUGGCAGAGUCGUUAACUUAGUUUUGUAAAGGGUUCGGCUGAACAGUUAACCUUAAAUAGUUUAACUAAGCUGUUGACUUAUUUUUGUGAUGGUUUAACUGGGCUUUUUUAAUUGUAUAAAUGAAUUUCACUGUUUUUGAUGAUGUAAAAAGUGUUCAACUUGAUUCUCAAUAGCUGGGGAGCAGUAGAUAUAAAUUUGUUUUGAACUGUUUUGUCUUGGACUGACAAGCUCUGCCUUUCGUUUUUACUUUAGUAUUUUAAAUUAAAAUUUAGAAAAUGAUUUAAUGUUUGAAAAAUUUAAUUCAAGAAAGGUUUUACUUAAUAACCUGUAAAAAACAAACAAUUACUCAGGUUAUGUUUAACUUUAGUCAGGAAACUUGAAACACAAUUAAAACGAUUAACUAUUUGAUAUUCAGAUUACAGAUCUAGUUUAGGUAUUUCUAAGAUUCUUGAGAUUUCUAAGUUGAAUUUAUGUAUGUAAAUAAAUAUUUUGAAUGUUGACUUGUCAAUAACUCAGAUAAGAUCUUUGGUUAUGAAAGAAUCACUAACAAUAUCACGGAUGUUCUUUAACACUAUUUUUUUAGUUCAGUUGAAACUCUUCAUAUAUACUUGAAUAUAUAUUCAGAGAAUUUCUAACUCUCAUGUUUUCUAUAGUGCUUUAGAACCAAAAAUAGAUAGAAAUGAACAAGCAGCUUCCAUGGAGAAAACUCUCAGGCACCAAAUAACUCUUUUAGAAGCUACAAUAAAGGCUGAUUUGGCAGAAAAAAAUUCUGUUUUUGAUCAACUUACUAAAGAAAAAGAAAAAUAUACUAGUUUAGAAAAACAGUACAAAGAAUUAUGGGAAAACCACAUUCAUCUGAAAGAAAAACUUGAGGAAAUGGAGCAAAAAACAAAAUUCUUAACAAAGGGUGGUAACAUUGAUUUCACAGACUUUGAAGAAGCCCUACAUUUGGUGAAGAAAAAACAUGAAAACACUGUACAGAAACCUGAAUUUUUAAUGGAAGUAACAGAUGAUAGAAAAGAUGUAGAACAGCAGUUGAAACAGGUGCAAAUUGAAUAUGCAGAUACAGUAACUGAGCUGGAAAAGACUCGGAAUAUGCUACUUCUGCAGUAUAAAAUAAACCAGGAUUACCAGACUGAGUUAGAAGGAGUUAACGAGCAACAUUCCCAAAAGGAAAAAGAAUACCAGACCAGGUUGGAAGAGUAUGCUCACCUUUUAGACUUGCGGGCAACGAGGAUAAAGAAACUUGAGAAGCAGCUCCAUGACAUAGCUUAUGGAACCAAGCAGUAUAAGAUCAGUGACCCAAAAAAUGACAAUGAACUGAACCUGGAAGACUCAAUUCCACUUGAACGAGGCCAAAAUUUCUUUGAAAUUCAUAUAGAUAAACUAAAUCUAUCUAAAGAAGGCUUAGAAGCUAUGGGGGAAGAAGAUCCAGCAGUUUUUCUUACCUGGGCUUUUUAUGAGUUUGAACUUCAGUCGACCCCGGUUAUAAAGGGACCUCAACAGAAGUUCAACCACACUUCACAGUACAUUGUUCGGGUAGAUGAUUUUUUUCUUCAUUAUCUUCACAAGGAAACCAUUACCUUGGAGCUACAGAAGACUGUUGGAACAGAUUAUAUUACUGUAGCAGCUUGUCAAUUGAGUUUCAAAGAAAUUUUAAAUCAGCCUCACGGAAGACAUCAUGGUCAGCAACAGUUAAUAGGUGUUAAAGAUGGAAGUCCUGGUGUCCUUUAUGGAACAGUGAAAUACUGGAUUAGACUAAAACUGCCAAUGGAACAAGCCCUUCGACUGUAUAAGGAGAGAUCCAAGGCCUUAGGAUAUGUCGAUGGAAAUAUUUCUACAUCACAAGCAGCUUUGAAAACACUAGACAAAAGGCCUAAUCCUGAAGAAAGAAUAAAUGAACUUCAUAUCAAACUCAUAAAGUGUACGGGACUGAAGGCCAGAAGAGGAGAUAUCCAGCCAUCAGCUUACUGUGUAUACAAGUUUUAUGAUUUACCGGAUCAAGACACUUUGAUUAUUCCUGCUUCUAAUAGCCCAUUGUUUAAUGACCAUAGAACCUUUCCACUACACAUGGACAGGGAAGUAGACACUUAUCUAAGAACAAAGAACUUAGAUAUAUUUGUAUUUGAUGACACAGACCCAGAUCUGGCAAGUUAUCUUGGGAAAGUUUCAAUUCCCUUGUUGGCAUUAGCCCGUGAUAAAGCCAUCAAAGGAAUGUUUGAACUUCGGAACGAAAGUAAAGAAACCACAGGAACAAUUGAGGUUUCUCUGUAUUGGCAGUAUACUUACCUGUCUCCACCUCCAACAACUGGGAUACCCAAACCCGCAGAUGAGUUGGAAGAGGAAGAGUCAGCUAUCGAAGACUGUUCCACAGGAGAUCCAAAGAAACAACAGAAUCUUGAUAGAGUUGAGAAACUAUCCAGCCAGAGUGAAGUUGUAAAACAGGAUGUUGACAGAGAAGAAGGUUUUAUAUCCUCCAGCCAGAAUCGACUUUCCACUCCAGGACUUCAACCAUGUAGUAGGGCAACUCAUUUUCAGAGUCCAGUUGCUUCCUCAACACCAGUUAAACCUCCAAGAGGUGUCGGUACCAGCUCAUCAAGAGAUAAGAAUGAGAGAAGCAAGUCUUUUGUAGCAGCAAUGUCUGCCGGGUAUCACCCAUCUUCGUCCUCUGAAGAUGGUGAUGAUGAUGAUGCAUCUGUUUCUGCAAAGCCUAGGAUUUCUUCAGCAGAACCUGGACCUUCAAAAACUCUACAAAACCAAGCUUCACCCACACCUGGGACCUCAGAGGUCAUGUAUGAAAGUCACUUGCUUGAACCUGUAAACUCCAAUUUUUCAGAACAGCAAAUUCCAGUUCAAAAAUUUAAACCUGAACCUACUCCUCGAAGAUCUCUGAAACACACUGGAGCAUUAUCCACCAUUAGUUCAGAAGAAUCGGCAGGAAAUGGUCCCACAACACAAUCUGUGACAAACAAUAAUCUGGAAGGUCAGACCUGCGACACGGUGGUUUCAACACUUCCAGAAACAAUAAUGAAAGAAUGUUGUAGUAACCCUGAAGAAGAAGAUGAUUCUGUGGAUGGAGAUGAUGAAAGUGAAGAAUCUGCAGAGGAAGUUGUGGUGACUUCUUCGCCUCAACACCUGCUGACGAGGCCACAUGACACAGUAUUGGUUGAAGUUUCUCGUCUUUCACUGCUAGAGGGAGCUGCUAUUUUAGCUGACAAUAAUGUUGAGAUGCUUUUUGUUGAAUACAAGUUUCUGGAUUUUCCUGCAGCAGAACUAGAAACUCCUUUCUCACUGCCCAAACCUCAUCCACCUCAUUACAUCACUUUUAACUUCCGGAAAGUUUUUCAGGUUGAUUCUGUUAAUCACAUGAGGGAGCGAGAAAUGUUAGCAGCUAUGUUAGAUUCUCCAACAUCAGCGAGAUUAACUUUUACUGUUGUGAGUGAACCACCAGAGGACAAGCAGGAUCUGGAUUGUGAAGAUGUCGGAUAUGCAUAUGUAGAUCUCAGAGAGAUUGUCCAGAAGAAGCAAGAUGUUAUUGGAAAGGAGUUAAACAUACAUGAUGCCACUGAUGAACAAACCAUAAUUGGAAAGCUAACUGUGACAGUGCAGUGUGUGGCUGCUCUUGAGAACAUGAGAAGUUAAGAUGUUGGCUGCUGACUACAGAACUGUGAGACUUCUAAAACUCUUUUUGUCCGUUACAAGUGUCUUGCUCAACUAGUACUGGUCAUUAACUUUGUCAGGUUGUGAAUUGUGUUGUUAAAGCAGGUAUCUAAUACACCAAGUUAUUUAUUGAUAUUAUAACCAUCCUGACACUAUUUAUAGUUGCAGGUUACUGCAGAGCAUUAAAAAUAAGUAAGUUUAUAGUUAUAUUUUAGAGCAAAGAAUAAAUGUGUUUGUGUCUUUUCUAAUGUUAA